GCCGCUCACGGUAAGCGGCGGCCGCGCAGGGGCGGCCGGGGACGGGGAGGGGCGACGGAGCGUCCCGUGUGCGGCUGCGCCGGGGCGCUGGGCCGGGUCCGUGGGCUGGUGGCGGCGGCGGCAGCAGCGGAAUUUAAAGGUGCAGCAUCAUGGUUAUGAAAGCUACAGUAGAAGAUGAUGAUUCAGGAUGGGAACUUGGUAUGCCUGACAAGAUGGAAAAGAGUAAUACCAGCUGGAUAGAUAUAACCCAGGAUUUUGAAGAAGCUUGUAGAGAACUGAAGUUAGGAGAACUGCUUCAUGACAAGCUUUUUGGUCUUUUUGAAGCCAUGUCUGCCAUUGAAAUGAUGGAUCCCAAGAUGGAUGCUGGUAUGAUUGGAAAUCAAGUUAACAGAAAGGUUCUUAACUUCGAGCAAGCUAUUAAGGAUGGCACCAUUAAAAUAAAGGAUCUCACGUCACCUGAGCUGGUAGGAAUAAUGGACACGUGUUUUUGUUGUUUGAUAACAUGGUUAGAAGGACAUUCCUUGGCACAGACAGUAUUCACUUGCCUUUACAUUCAUAAUCCAGACUUCAUAGAAGAUCCUGCUAUGAAGGCUUUUGCUCUUGGAAUCCUAAAAAUCUGUGAUAUUGCCAGAGAAAAGGUGAACAAAGCAGCUGUUUUUGAGGAGGAAGAUUUUCAGUCAAUGACUUACGGAUUUAAAAUGGCCAACAGUGUGACAGAUCUUCGAGUUACAGGUAUGCUGAAAGAUGUAGAAGAUGACCUGCAAAGAAGAGUGAAGAGCACUCGAAGUCGUCAAGGAGAAGAGAGAGAUCCGGAAGUUGAACUUGAACAUCAACAAUGUUUAGCUGUCUUCAGCAGAGUCAAGUUUACCCGUGUCUUACUGACUGUCCUAAUAGCAUUUACAAAAAAAGAGACAAGUGCAGUUGCAGAGGCUCAGAAACUAAUGACUCAAGCAGCUGACUUGCUCUCUGCUAUACACAAUUCACUGCAUCAUGGUAUGCAGGCACAGAAUGAUACCACUAAAGGAGACCAUCCUAUUAUGAUGGGGUUUGAGCCACUUGUUAAUCAGAGGUUGCUGCCACCAACUUUCCCUCGAUAUGCAAAAAUUAUUAAAAGAGAAGAAAUGGUCAAUUAUUUUUCCAAACUAAUAGACCGAAUAAAAACUGUGUGUGAAGUAGUCAACUUAACUAACUUGCACUGUAUACUGGACUUCUUCUGUGAGUUUAGUGAGCAAUCACCAUGUGUUCUUUCAAGAUCCCUGUUACAGACGACUUUCCUAGUAGAUAACAAGAAGGUGUUUGGCACUCACCUCAUGCAAGACAUGGUAAAAGACGCCUUAAGAUCUUUCGUCAGUCCUCCAGUACUUUCUCCUAAGUGUUGUCUUUAUAAUAACCACCAGGCAAAAGACUACAUUGAUUCCUUUGUCACACAUUGUGUUCGGCCAUUCUGUAGUCUCAUUCAAAUCCAUGGACACAACAGAGCUCGUCAGAGAGAUAAACUGGGUCACAUUCUUGAGGAAUUUGCCACACUACAGGAUGAGGCAGAGAAAGUAGAUGCAGCGCUUCAUAGCAUGUUACUGAAGCAGGAACCACAAAGGCAACAUUUGGCUUGCUUGGGCACCUGGGUCCUGUAUCAUAACCUCCGUAUUAUGAUACAGUAUCUUCUCAGUGGCUUCGAGUUAGAACUUUACAGUAUGCAUGAAUAUUACUACAUCUAUUGGUAUCUCUCCGAGUUUCUCUAUGCCUGGCUGAUGUCAACGCUGAGCCGCGCCGACAGCUCUCAAAUGGCAGAGGAGAGGAUAAUGGAGGAGCAGCAGAAAGGCCGUAGUAGUAAGAAAACAAAGAAAAAGAAGAAAGUUCGCCCUCUCAGCAGAGAGAUCACCAUGAGUCAAGCAUACCAAAAUAUGUGUGCUGGGAUGUACAAGACAAUGAUCGCAUUUGACAUGGAUGGCAAAGUAAGGAAACCUAAGUUUGAACUGGACAGUGAGCAAGUUCGAUAUGAGCACAGGUUUGCUCCAUUCAACAGUGUUAUAACACCACCUCCAGUUCACUACUUGCAAUUUAAAGAAAUGUCUGAUUUAAAUAAGUAUAGCCCACCUCCUCAGUCAUCGGAUCUCUACAUGGCAGCUAGCAAGCACUAUCAGCAAGCUAAAAUGAUUCUUGAGAAUAUUCCAAAUCCAGACAAUGAGGUCAGUCGAAUUCUGAAAGUUGCAAAACCCAAUAUUGUGGUCAUGAAGCUGCUGGCAGGAGGCCACAAGAAAGACUCUAAGGUUCCUCCAGAAUUUGACUUCUCUCCUCAUAAAUACUUCCCAGUUGUGAAGCUUGUUUGAAGGACAAGAGACUCUUGUUAGGAUACCUGAAGAAUAUCUGUGUAGCAGAUACCAGCUCUAGGAGAGGGAAUAACUAGUGUUGCACUUGGACUACGAGGGAUUUCCAGGAUAAAAGUACUGUUAUGUGAAAUAUCUGUAGUCUGCUGCCUUUAUGUGAUUUGAAUGGCAACUGCUGUUUUAAAGUGGUUUGUAUAAAGUUUAUUGGAUUAUAUGUGUGAAGCUGAUUUUAAUUUUAAUUUUGUUUUAUUAAAGAACGUAUCUUAGUGGAUAUUAUUACAGAUUUUGAUCAUAAAUAACUUUUAUUACUGCAUUCUGACAAAGUGGUGGGUUAGGAUCUGAAUAAAAAUCAUGCAAUAGAUCCUCAUGUCUGAUGUGCACAGCUGAGCUACUGCAAUUCUGCAUUUAACGAAGUCACUCAGAUUUUGAGUUUCUGUAUUUUUGCUUAACUGUAUCAGAAUUGUACACUUUACAAGUAGA